AUGGAAAUUUAUCACGGUGUUUCAGCAGUUGCUGAGACAGAUCGAGGAACGAGAUAUCCUUCUGGGAGAAAGAUGAUGUCUAGAAUUGUAUUCUCGAAGGUGGAAGAGGCUGAGAAUGGAACUAAUGUGGCAAAGAACUUAACCACCAAAUGGAACCAUGAAGAAGGGAAAGGAAUUUUGAAUGUGAAACAGCAUAAAGUUGGUAAAAGGAAUAGUGGACAUUCUAAGAAAGCCAAUAUGUCUGCUUUGAAUUUACAUUCGGACAAGUUCAAAUUUGCCUAUGAUAUAUAUGGAAAAUUGGGCCUUUGGCCCAUACGUCAGUGUAGAGGAGACAAUGAUGAGUUGGUCCAGAGAAACAGAGUUUUGGUGUGGCGGAGAUUGUCAUCUUCUUCAGCGUAUGGUUCGGAACAGCUUGUGAUUCGGAAUCGGAAGGAGAAGUGGUGCGGGCUUCGGAGUUGA